UGAUGUCAUCGGUUGAUCCAUGAAGCAAUUUGUUAUUGUAACCGUUUUGUGGUUAUAUCGGAGAAACACUUGUUGGGGCGAGCUCGAGGUGGAGCGAGAAACACGUUUGGACCGAGACCUCGACUUGCGAUUUACAAUGCCAUUGGCAACUUUGACAGUUCCCUGGAAUCAGCAACAUGUAAUAGAAAAGAAUAUGGAAAUUCUGUCCGUUGAGAAUGCGGAGGAAAACACAGGCCCCCACCGUAACGAAGUCAAGUCUCCAUUCGGAGAGUGUUCCGAAUCACAUGAAAUAGAUGUGUGUGAUGUAGUUCGCGAUGGCUACGAGAAGGCAGAACCUGGUCACUUUGAUCUACUGAAGGUGCUAGGACAAGGUUCCUUCGGAAAGGUGUUUUUAGUGCGAAAGGUUGUAGGGAAAGAUCGUGGCACGUUGUACGCCAUGAAGGUGCUCAAGAAAGCUACGCUCAAAGUUCGAGAUAGAAUGAGAACAAAAAUGGAGCGAAACAUUCUGGUGGACGUGGAGCAUCCAUUUAUAGUAAAACUGCAUUAUGCAUUCCAAACGGAAGGGAAAUUAUAUCUGAUCUUGGAUUUCCUGCGUGGAGGAGAUCUAUUUUCUCGUUUGUCGAAAGAAGUUAUGUUUACGGAAGAUGAUGUGAAGUUUUAUCUGGCCGAGCUGGCUCUCGCCUUAGAACACAUUCAUAAGCUUGGGAUUAUCUACAGAGACCUUAAGCCAGAAAAUAUAUUGUUGGAUACCAAUGGCCACAUAUCGUUAACUGACUUUGGCUUAAGUAAGCAACCUCUGAAAGACACGAAGACUUAUUCGUUCUGCGGGACGGUCGAAUACAUGGCCCCGGAAGUUGUCAACCGGAAGGGGCACUCCUUCGUCGCAGAUUGGUGGAGUUUUGCCGUUUUAAUGUUUGAGAUGCUGACCGGAGCACUGCCAUUCCAAGGAGCUAAUCGCAAGGAAACGAUGACGCAAAUUCUGAAAGCAAAGUUAGGAAUGCCUCGGAACAUAUCUCCGGAGGCCCAAGCCUUGUUGCGCGUAUUGUUCAAGAGGACCCCAGCGAACCGACUCGGUGCAGGUGGAGCGGAUGAGAUAAAAAAUCAUGUCUUCUUUGCGAGCAUCGAUUGGCAAGCGCUGUACAAUAAGGGAAUCAAGCCUCCUUUUAAGCCUGCGGUUGGCAGAGAAGAUGAUGCAUUUUACUUCGACAGUGAAUUUACGUGCAAGACGCCGAGAGAUUCUCCUGGCAUGCCACCAAGUGCAACUGCUCACGAGCUGUUUCGAGGUUUCAGCUUUGUUGCACCCUGUCUUCUCGAGGACCGUACAAUUUCUUCCAGAGAGUACAGGCCCUGCGAGGCUUUCAACAGUAUCUCUUAUCCUUACAUAAACACUGCUUCCCCUUGCGAUGAGUAUGAGUUCAAGCAAGAGAUCGGUAAAGGUAGUUACAGCGUUGUGUAUUUAGCUGUCCACAAAGCUACAAAGACUGAAUACGCAGUUAAGGUGAUAGAUAAGGCGAAGAGAGAUCCAUCGGAGGAGAUAGAAAUUCUACUGCGGUACGGUAACCAUCCGCACAUAGUUUCUCUACACGCGGUGCACAAAGAUGAGAAAAAGGUGUACCUCGUCCUGGAGCUGCUUCGAGGAGGAGAGCUUUUGGAUCACCUGCUACAAAGGGGCAGCUUCACGGAGAGAGAAGCUGCCGAAGUGAUCCACACUAUCACAACGGUUGUGCAUUAUCUCCAUGAGAACGGAGUGGUUCAUCGAGACUUGAAGCCUUCGAACAUUUUGUACUCCAAGCCUGGUGGAGACCCUACGACUCUGUGCAUUUGCGAUCUUGGCUUCGCUAAGCAACUCCGAGCUGAAAAUGGCUUACUGAUGACUCCUUGCUACACUGCCAAUUUCGUAGCUCCUGAAGUUCUCAAACGACAAGGCUACGACGCAGCUUGCGACAUUUGGUCCCUUGGCGUUUUACUGUACAUUAUGUUGUCCGGGUGCACGCCGUUCCCGAACAGCCCAGGAGAUAGCGCUAGUGACAUAUUGAGUCGCAUCGGUCCAGGAAACAUCGACGUAGAGAGCGGUAUUUGGCGCUACAUCUCCCCCGAGGCGAAGGAGCUGGUUAAAAGGAUGCUACACGUCGACCCUACACGACGGCCUACGACAUUUACCAUUUUAAAGUACCCUUGGAUCGUAAAUCGCCAUCAUCUUCCUUACAAAAUCUUACCUGAUACCACAAGAGAUCCCCGUAGCCUGAAGGGCGCAGUUGCAGCUACUUACAGCGCAAUGUCGAACAGCCUAAGAUCGCCACACGUAGGUCCAGUGAUAAUGUCUGACUUGGCCCGACGAAGAAACCAAGCGAAGCCCAUGAACACCACUCAAACCUAAAUAUUUCUACAAUCUUUCGUGCCACUGACAGUAAAUCUAGUGAAUCGCGAUUAACAACAGUCACUGGUACAAUUGGGCAGCAAGAAACAUUUCUCUUGUAAUUUCCCUCUUCGAUGCACAAUCCGUUGAGGUUAGGAAUCCCGGUGCUGCGUGCUACAGAUUAUAUUACAGCAGACAUUGUUAUUAAAUACUAUUUCAUAUUCACCGUUAUGGGGCGAAGAUAUUUCCAUUUAGAGGAUUAAGAUUUAAGCCAUCACCACUGAUCUGUAUACCAACUGGAUAGCUGAUAACCUACAAAAUGGCGGGAAGUUUUGAAGCGACCAGAGCCCUCUAAGCGUGGGCACAUGGACUAAUAUCGUAUUUGCGCAUGCGUCGAAACAACGCGUCAUUUAACCGUAGGAUAAGAGGGGUCGAAUUAAUUUACUGGAAAAGAAUAAUUGUUAUUUUUAUUAAAAUGCUCACGGGAAAAGAGAUAACCGUUUUGUUUUAGUCGAAGCUUUAUUACUAUAUGCCCUACGCAUUUUUUACCCGUAAAUUAUGUCUAUUUUGUCCUUUAUUAAACGUUUAACUUUGCGAACUGAUGGUUCACAAAUUUUCCGCAUGCGCACCCGUUAAUUAUUCAGUAGCCCGUGUAGGUGGCGCUGGGGUGCGUAGAGCAAAUAGGUAUCAGCUAUCCAAUUAGUAUAUAGAUCAGUGGUCAUCACUCUUUCGAUGGAUCUAACCUAAAGAGUGAAUCGUCUAAAUGGAAAAUUCCAGUCAUAAAACAGCGUAAAGAACUUCCACUUUCCAUCCACAGGCAAAAUUUUGAAUGAAAUAUUUGAAUAUUUGUCCUUUUAAUCUGUAUUAUUAUUUCUUUCAUUGAACUGGAUUGUACCAGUACUACAAUAAUAGUGCAAGUACUCACAUUUUGAGCGCAAUAAUUAUAUUAAUUGCAUAAUCGAGGUACCACAUUUUUACCGUAAGGAUCGCUAGUGUCACUAUCGGCCAGUAUUGCCAACUAUAAUUUUAGAAUUUGCACUAUUAUUACAGUAAAAAUUGAAACUGUGACCACAGACGACUUUAUUACCAUUGCAAUAGAGAAUUAAGUUAAACUUUUCGAUAUUAAUUUUCAGUUCAAUAUCAUUAAUUGUUCAAUGUGUUGAAUCGCAUACCUUUUCUCUUAUUUUUUAAUACAGGCGAAAUUUUGAAUUAAAUAUUUGAAUAUUUGUCAUUUUUAAUCUGUACUAUUAUUUCUUUCAUUGAACUGGAUUGUACUAUCAGGAAACUCGGUAGAGUUUCGCGCCAAAUACAUUUAAAUGCGUUAUCAUUAUAUGGUAUUUUAAUCCUACUGUACUGGAGUAAACAGAACGGAAAUUGGCAACACUGCUAUCGGCUAACUUCCGAAGAAAUGUGAGGUUAGAUCUUCCAGAAAGAUCCAAAGAGUUCUUUAUGCUACUUUAUGGUUACGAACCCCCAUGGAAAGUGAAUAGAAAAUGACAAAUCGUUGCGAUAAUUAAGCUGAUAUGAAAGGGUCAUUCCAUAUAUAUAUAUAUAUGUAUAAAAAGUCAAGAUAUUUAUAAAACUUUUCUUCGAACUCGGUGCACCGAACCAUUGAAACCUUAUCACCUGAUUAUGGAGGCUCUAAGAAACAAUAUGGUGUUCAUGAAAUUUCAUUUUUCAACAGAUAAAAAUGUGCUCUUAAUUCUAGUCCGGGCUGAUUACAAUUUUUUAUAAAAAAAUGAAAUUUCACGAACACCAUAUUCUUUCUUAGAGUGAUAGAGUGAUUCCAUAAUCAUGCGAUGAGGUUUCAAUGGUUCGGUGCACCCAGUUCGAAGAAAAUUUUUAUAAACAUGUUGACUUUUUGUUAUGUAUACGUGUCACUUUCAUAUCACCUUAAAUAACUUUAAUGGGAAUUUAUCCAUACCUUUUUGCGUGCGAAGGUGUAAUCCUGGUGGUGUAAGGUGUAAAACUGGUGAAAUGGAAACGCAAUGUUAAACCGACUUCUGAUGAUUAUUCCAAGUUUGUUGUAAUGUUAAUACAAAUAGACAUAUAUUUUUUUGUUAAGUUAUGUGGCGCACCCUGUGUAUGUUAAGGACUGCACGUCAAUAUCCUCAAAUUGAUAAACAUGUUCGAUUCGGUGUUGCAAUACGCUCCUGCGAGACUAUUAUAUUUUGUAAAAUACUCAACUUACAUGGUACGAUUAUUUAUAUUUUAAUUAAAGAGCUAUUUAUUUAA